ACUUAAGAGGAACGAAUAAGAAGUGAUUAUCGAUCACGUACGGGCGUGUGCUUUCUGAAGUUGACUCUGCGGACGUCUAAAUAGUAAUCAAUGAAGGAGCGAAGAACUUGUCAUAAACUAUCACUGCAGUCCGGAAUGGAUCCCACCCAGAGUGUGAAAUGUAAAAUAGUGGUUGUAGGAGACAGUCAGUGUGGAAAGACCGCUUUACUCCACGUCUUUGCCAAGGAUUGUUUCCCAGAAAAUUACGUCCCCACAGUGUUUGAGAAUUACACCGCGAGCUUUGAAAUUGACACUCAGAGAAUUGAGCUCAGUCUUUGGGACACAUCAGGUUCACCUUACUACGACAAUGUCCGCCCUCUCUCCUACCCCGACUCUGACGCUGUCAUCAUUUGCUUCGACAUCAGCAGACCAGAAACCCUCGACAGCGUCCUCAAAAAGUGGAAAGGUGAAAUUCAAGAGUUCUGCCCUAGCACCAAGAUGCUGCUUGUCGGAUGCAAGUCUGACCUGCGGACAGACCUUACCACCCUGGUGGAGCUAUCCAAUCACAGACAGACCCCCGUGUCAUAUGACCAGGGUUCUAGCAUGGCUAAACAGAUCUCUGCUCCGUACAUCGAGUGUUCUGCUCUGCAGUCGGAGAACAGCGUCAGAGACAUUUUCCACGUGGCCACUCUGGCAUGCGUCAACAAGAACCACAAAAAUGUCAAACGACACAAAUCUGCCCGAACCCCCAAGCGCAUCUCACACAUGCCCAGUAGGCCAGAGCUAACAGCCGUAGCCUCGGACCUGCGCAAGGACAAAGCGAAGAGCUGCACAGUCAUGUGACCAGACUCCACCUCAAGGUUGAGAUGCACUCUGGGAGCAGGAUGGAAAGGACGAAUGGGAAUGGGUAGCAGCUGGCUCUCCCUUCUUCCUCACAC